UCAGACCACUUCGUCUCGGUGCUGGAUCCGCGUCUGCUGCUGGGAUGCUACUUCGCCUCGGUAGCAUGAAGCUCGCCCAGCCAUCACUUUGAUCACCUCCCCUUGGCGUCGUAUCGCUUGGACGCUCUGUCCUUGAUGCCAUUGCGUUGGACAGGCUUGUAGGCACUCGAGUAACAAGGCGAAUGUGAAUCCUAGCUCCGAAGAGCCCUGAAACAGCACACGUACAGAGGGCGACUUGAGCGUGCAGAUCUCCUGAUAGUGUGAUUGGUGGUGCUCACCAUGUGUGGUUGUUCUGGUGGCGAUGCGAUGAUGCUGGAAGGUGAAGGCGGGACGUCCACGACCAU